AUGGACCUUCCUUCGAAGCCCGCCGCCUCACACAGCGUCUACAAUAUGAUGCGAUGCGCAUCCUCGACUUACCCACCAGGCCCAUAUUGUUGGGUGGAUCCAAUGGGAAAAAAGGAUUACCAACUGAAGACUCAUCAUCUCAAGCGGCUCGUUACCCACGUCGAAAAAGGUGGGGUGUUAGACGGGCACAAGGAUGUGCCAGAAACAGUAUGCGAAGAAUUAUAUAUGGAAGAGCAACAAAGACAGGGAAAGAACAAUCGCAAAGGAGGACAUGUGACAGGAAAUGGAGCACCAUACCCUGCUAUCAACAUCAAUUUCCUGCCCUCGCAGUCUUCUGCCUCUGCGGCUGCACAGGUUUCUGCUGACUUCCAGUCCAUGCAAUCCCCAGGCCCGCUUGAGAUCCCUGGACCUAGGGAUGAAGCGGUCAAGGAAUAUGGUAAAUGGCAGGUGUCAAAUGUUACUGAUGACACUCUCAAGGCUGCAUUUCGAGAGAUCUGUGACAUGAUGAUCGACAAUGGUCUUGAUCUUGAGCAGGUCUACAAGGAUCAAGACCCGGAAUUCUUUAUCAAAAAGGGCAUAAAGAUAGGUAUUGCUCGACGGUUCGUAGAAGACAUUCGGCGCUGGGUCGGGAAUGUGAAGAGAGCAAUCCCUAUAUAUGACAUAAUUUAG